CACAACGAGACACACACCCCCCUGACACAAAAUUGACCGGCUCGCCCAAGCGGAGGAAAAAAUGUCACGAAUGUCCCCCGCGCUCAAAGCGCUCAUCAACUCACCCGCCGCGCGACCCAACACCCUACCAGCGCCCCGCAACAUCCAGUCGGUGUACGCGAAGAUCCAACAAGAAGCCCAAGCCAAGGGCAUCUCGCAACCCUCAUGGCUGGCCCUAUCGACAGCAACAACAAUGACGAUGAACUCCCCGGACUCCCUAACCCUCCUCUACGAACUCGCCACCACCGCCCCCACAGAAACCUCAACCUCGCCCACAACCGAACCCCCUUCCCCCCUCGCAACCGCGGAACUCAUGCGCGAAGUCGGCCUAAAAUGCAUCAGCUUCAACGGCAUCCCGCGCACGAUCAACUGCCUCAACGCCUUCCGCGCCAGCCUGCCGGAAUCCAUCACCGCCCAACUGUCCACGGCCCCGACCCGCGAACCCACCCCGGCCAACAUCCCGGCCAUUCGCGCCCGCGGCCGCGCCCUCUGGGACAGCAUCUACCGGCCCUUCGAGCAGAAGCUCUACGAGAAGCUGGCCCGCGCGCACCCGGACCUGCCCGUGCACAUCCUGAACAUGAACUACGGGGCGUUGCUGGCGGAUCCUCCGGGCAACGGAAGGGUCGGGCGGGUGCUCACCUCGCUGGUGGCCGUGGCGUGUCUGCGGGCGCAGACGGGCGUCGGGCCGCAGGUGACCUCGCAUGUGUUCGGGUUGCGGAAGGCGGUGGAGGAUGGGAGCUGGGCGGGCGAUGUUGAGACGCAGGCGGGGGCGGAGUGGUUGGCGAGUGAGGCGGGGAAUGUGUGGGUUCUGGAGAGUGUGGAUGCGAUUGUGGCCGCGAUUGGGGGUGGAGAGGGGAGUUUUGCUCCUGCCGGGGGGAGGAGUGGGAAGUUGUGAUUUUUCCUUUGGAGGUUGUAUUGUACAUUGGUUGUGGGUGGGUUGUUGGGGGUUAAGGUUAUAUAUACUCUUCAUGGCUGUGUGGGUAUGGAGUUCCAACUAGAUGGGAUAUAUAUCUGAC